AUGUCUGUUGAAACUGCUUUGUCUUACGCUGCCUUGAUCUUGGCCGACUCCGACGUCGAAAUCUCCUCUGAGAAGUUGUUGAGCUUGACUGGUGCUGCCAACGUUGCCGUUGAAGGCAUCUGGGCCGACAUCUUCGCCAAGGCCUUGGACGGUCAAGACUUGAAGAGCUUGAUGGUCAACUUCUCUGCUGGUGGUGCUGUUGCUGCCCCAGUUGCCGGUGGUGCCGCUGCUGCUGCUGGUGGCGAGGAAGCCGCUGAAGAAAAGGAGGAAGAAGCCAAGGAGGAAUCCGACGACGACAUGGGAUUCGGUUUGUUCGAUUAG